UAAUAAAAAUAAAUAAAAACUCCUCCUUUAUCUUUUGAGACCAGUAAAAAAGACUCCGCCUUUUGCUCUCCCCUGUCGAUCUCCGUCUUCCCCUCCCCGAUCUCUCACGCGCGUCCGCCUCGCCGCCGGCCCGCCGGGAAGAUGGCCGCGUCUGCGUCCGGGUCCGUGUCCGGGCAGAUCCAGCCGCCCAAGAUCCCCGACGCCGUCGUCGCGCUCGCGCAGGCCGCCGCCAAGGCCAACAACAACAGCAACAACAGCGCCGCCGCCGACGCCACCGACAAAUAUCUCCCCGGGUGGCCGCUCUUCUCGCCGCCCAAGAUGCAGCUGACCAAGUGCGCCAAGUGCCCCCGGGAGUUCUGCUCCUCCGUCGCCCUCCGCCGCCACACCCGCGUCCACCGCCGCGCCCUCAAGAUCGACAAGGAUUUCCCCAAGAACAGAGACCACCUUGCCGCAUUCUGGGACAAACUCACGGUGGGCCAGGCCCAAGCGAUACUGUCCUUGGAGGGCGUGGCUAUAGAGGAGACCAGCGCUUUAUUCAUUUUGACAUCGUUGUCGUCAUGGAUGUGUAAGCCAGGGUACGCUUCGUUGCCGCUGCCGUAUGCCAGAGCCGGCAAUGAACUUCUGGACCUUAUUCAGACAGCAGCCUCAAGACUACCUAUCUCUUCAAAUGAACUGUUUAUCAUGUUCGACGAAGCAAGCGAGAACACAUUUCUUUGUACUGACGCUGCCUGUGUUCAGAAGUUUUUGUUUGAUGGGGAGGUUGAGAAGGUCGCAACAGAGUUGAAAAAUGUUGUUGCGUGCACGAGUUACAUCCUUGAACAGAAGCUGGUCGAAGCAUGGUCUGCUGAUAAGGCUGCUGAAGCGUUAAGAUGCCAGAAGUUGCUUGUGGAGGAAGAGGACGCUGCUCAGAAAAGGCAAGCUGAAAUCAUGGAAAGGAAAAGGAUGAAGAAACUGAGACAGAAAGAACAGAGACUGAAAGACCUCAAGGACGAGGGUACCACGGUCCAGUUACCUGAAGUUGUGGAUGGCGCGACGGGCUCUCCUGGGAUCGAGAGUCUCGAGGCUGUUUCAGGCCCUGGCCUCCACGAGCAAGAAGAUCCACAGUAUCUUCAAUUGUCAGCACCAGUGCCGCCUUCAGAGGACAAUGCUUGCAAUGGAGAAGAUGCUGGUGCUGUUUUCAGGGAACAAGCCAUGGCAACAGCCAAUCUCGACAGAGUAGAAAACCUGCCCCAAAAUAGCUCUGCCUCAGCUUCUUCCGUGACUGCCUCGAAGCAUCCAUCUUCAGUAAGACACUCACGUCACAGGGAGCCAAAUGUCGGUGCAGUGACAAACAAAAGCAAGACCUGGGCAUGGAAGGUGCGAAGUGGUGUUGAAGAACGGUGCCCAAAAGGCGAGCCAGAUGUAGAUGCUAACCAGGAGACCGCUCCCCUCAACACGGACAAGAACUCGCAAGUGCUAAUAGGAUCCAUAAGCGUCGCGAUCGAGGAGGGCAGUAGAUGCUCGCAGGAUUCCAAGGAUUACCACCCAGUUCCUCCUGAAUCCGAUUUGACCACUCUGAACGAUCCAGUGGCCGAGGUGAUGCAGCCAGUCAGCCAUGAUGAGAACGCAUGCGAAGACACCGAUGGUGGCACCAUUACACCGGCAGCAGAGGACCGUUCUCCAUCCAGUGUCGUGACAGAUGAGAGCGGUUCAGUCGGUGGCAACCCAGAGUCGGCAGAGGGCGUAGGCCUACGACAAGGCACCGUGUCUUCCGGUCAAGAAGCGUCGGCAUUCCUUUCUCAGAGAUGGAAGGAAGCAUUGGCUGGGGAUCAUGUGAAGCUUGUUCUGUGCUGAGGAAACUGGAGCUGCACAGGUUCAACCGGAGGGCUGAUCUGAUGUAUACAGGGAAGACAUUCGACCAUAGGGUCCUGGUUACUAUAUGAGCCGAGCCGACCCGACCCAACCCGACCCAUGUAGCAGAGUAUUGUGGAGUUGCAAAGCAUCCAAUGAUAGUUAAUUUGAGUACUAGACCAGUAAAAUGCUUGCACGGCGCAGCUGAAUUUGAGUGUUAUACUACUUGAUAGUUAACUAGUGCAGUACAAGAGUUGCGUGUUGCGUGGGUAGAGUUACCAUUGCAUGAUAAACCAUGAGGGGAAAGUUAUCAGGUGAUGACAAGAUUGGCCAGUAGAAUUCCUGGGGUUUUAGUUUA